AUGAUUAAAUCUAUUCACUCAUCUGCGCCCGUGCGGGCCUCGCAGCCCCCUGCUACGCGCGCCACCUGUGCCCCGCUGCAGCGCUGCGCGCCCUGCCGGCCCAGGCACCAUUCUCGGCUGGCCGCAGCCUACGUGCCCGUGCCCCCGACGCAGCAGCCAGCGGUGGUGCCGAAAACAGGGGCUGCCAACCACGCGGGCGGGCCCGUUGUCAGCGCAGACAUCACUUGGCACGAGGGCGGCGUUCCAUCGCAACAGAAGGAAGAGCUCCUCGGCCAGCGCGGCUGCGUGCUCUGGUUCACUGGGCUGAGUGGCAGCGGCAAGUCGACUGUCGCCGCCACCCUGGAGCACACCCUCCACGGCCUGGGAUGCGCAACCGCCCUCCUGGACGGCGACAACGUGCGCCACGGCCUCAACAGGGAUCUUGGAUUCAGCGCCGCCGACCGCGAGGAGAACAUCCGCCGCAUUGGGGAGGUGGCCAAGCUAUUUGCGGAUGCCGGCGUCAUCACCCUCGUGUCCUUCAUCUCCCCCUACAGGCAGGACCGCGACCGUGCCCGCGCCCUGCUGGCCCCCGGCCGCUUCCUGGAGGUGUUCAUGGACACCCCCCUGGAGGUGUGUGAGCAGCGCGACCCCAAGGGCCUCUACAAGAAGGCCCGCGCGGGGCAGAUCAAGGGGUUCACAGGCAUUGACGACCCGUAUGAGGCCCCUGAGCACGCCGAGGUGGCGCUGCCAGCCAGGGACGCCAGCGGCCGCCCCUACCAGCCCCAGGAGCACGCGGCCAGCCUGCUGCGCAUGCUCGUGCAGCGCAACUUUGUCAGCGCGGACGUCCUCGACCACGUGCACCCCAACAUGAACGGGCACGGCGCCACCAUCAGUGACGCCACCAUCAACGGCGCUUACGUCCAGCGCUCGCCAUCCCCUGCAGCGCGCUGA